AUGCAAAAAACUAUCGCUGAUAUUCAUAUACUCAGAAGGAAGAACCAGUGUAGUACUUAUAAAAGCCCUUUGGACUCCGUGCUUACUAAUUCAAAAACCAAAGCCCACACAACUAAUCCAAUGUCUUCACUGUUAUUAUCAGUAUUUCAUUCCCUAAGGAAAUCUAAAGGCAAAGAUAGGUUAUCAGACCUUAGAAGUCCCUUCAAUGUGCAUGAAACUCCUCUCUUUUCAUCAUAUUCAGCACCAAUUGCUUCAGCUUAUGUAAGAGCUCACAAGUUAGACAAAACGGAAGUUUCUCUCCAUGUAGAAGAGACAUGCAGGAUUUUUGAAAACUAUUUGGUGGAGAUGAUUGUGGAAGAAGGGAAGAUGAGGGACUUGAUGGAUGUUGAAGAAUUUCUAUACUGCUGGAAAAACAUCAAGUGUCCUGUCUUCAUUGAUUUAAUUUGUAGAUUCUAUGUAGAAAUCUGCAAGGACUUGUUUUCUUCAGACAGUGAGGAAGGUUGUUCGAUUCUAACUGAUGGCUGA